AUGAUACUGAAUCCGGAUCAAGACUUCAAAUCCCGUAUCUUCAUCAUCAACGGGGCCAUACUUCUUUUAUUUGCCGUUCUCAUAACCAUUUCUAAUGGAGUGCUCUUAUUUAUGAUAUACAAAGAUCCCCUGAAGACUUUUCGCAACGCCACCGCAGUUCUGGUCAUCUCGCUGGGUUUUGCUGAUCUUCUGACGGGAUGUGUUACUGCUGUGGAUGUUGGGAUAUCCCACAUUCUGGAAGGACUUGCCAUUCAAAAGGUUUUGCUUCAAGCGAAAAUCAUUUCGCAAAUUACCGUGCGCGCCGGCGUGUUUAUUAUCACGAUGUUUGCCGUGGAGCGUUUCAUAGCCGUCGUCUUUCCUUACUUUUAUCGUUUUUCUGUGACCGUCAGAAAGGUAACUUUGGGAUGCGUUUCCUGUUGGCUGAUCGCGAUCAUAAGCAGUUGUCUUGAGUUGGUAGUUGAUCGCGAUGUGUACGAUGUGAUAUUUUUGUAUAUCACAUUUGUCGUUCCACUUCUCACCGUAUGUGUCACUUAUUGCGCAACCUACUGGGUCUUAAAAGACAAAACAAAACGGCUGCAUCGACUUCAUAGUGCAAACAAAGCCACCAAGGAAGGACGAGUAUCAAAAAAAUCGGAAAAGCUGCAAAUAGAGCUGAUGAAAACCGCUAUGCUGAUUAUUUUCGUCUUUGUUCUAUCCCUCGUUCCUUUCUGGUCCUUGACAAUUAUUGGUAGAUAUUGCAAGAGCUGCAAACAGGAAAAAUGGUAUAUUGCUUCUUACAGAUUUUCCAUCCCAAUCCUGUACAGUAAUUCUGCCUUCAAUCCGAUUUUAUACGCGUGGAGAAUGCAACCUUAUCGUCGAAGCUUUCAAGCCAUCUUUGGAAGAAGACAAGUUAGUCCUCGAAACUCAAGUUUUGCCGAUAACACACAAAGAAACGAGACCUACGUGAAAGUCAGCCACGCUGGUGAUGAAUCAAAGUUGUAA